UACAACAAGUUUGACAGCUCAGCUUUUUCCGGCGCUCACCCGCAGCAGCAGCAGCGCACUCACUCUCCUCUGUUUCUUCCUCUAGCGACACAGUUUUAUCUUCUUCUUCUUUUUGUUGGUAUGUGUGCGUCUUGCGUCUCUUGCUGGCUAUGAGGAAUUUAAUGUACCCGUAGGUUUGGUCACUUCCCCCCCUCCCACACACACAAACACACACACACUCCUUCUUGGACCUUUUUGGUUGGCGUUGUUUUGUUUUUGUUUUGUUUUUUUGUUUUUCUUUUGGUUGGUCGCGAGGGAUUUAUCGAUAACCAUGUCGAGGGGCGCGGAGGAGGUGUUCAAGCUAACUGAAAGUACAUACAAGAGUGUGAUGGAACAGUUCAACCCGGGACUGAGGAAUCUGGUCAACCUGGGCAAGAACUAUGAGAAAUCAGUGGCUGCAAUGACCCUGGCGGGAAAGUUGUAUUUUGAUGCAAUGUCUAAGAUUGGGGAGAGUGCUGCAGUGUCUCCUGUCUCCAGAGAAUUAGGUGUAGUGCUGAUGGAAAUCUCGGAGGUUCACAGGAAGGUUCAUUUUGAGCUGGAAGAAAACUUUAAGAGGUUCCACAGGGAGAUAAUAACCGAGCUGGAGAGAAAGACCGACAUGGAUGUCAAAUACAUGACAGCCACGUUUAAGAGGUACCAGAUGGAGCACAAGAUGAAGCAGGACUCUCUGGAAAGGUCCCAGUCAGACCUGAAGAAGCUGAGGAGAAAAAGUCAAGGCAAGAACGCCAACAAGUACGAGAACAAGGAGAGCGAGUGCCUGGAAACGUUGACAAGCCGUCAGAUGGACAUGCAGUUGUUCAUCGCGGACGGCUGUAAGGAGGCUCUGCUGGAGGAGAAGAGACGCUUCUGUUUCUUGGUGGACAAACACUGCAUGUUCUCCUACCAGUUCGCUUCCUUCCACGACAAGGCCAGAGACAUUCUGACGGCAAAGCUGAGCAGCUGGCAGGACCAGUGCAACGACGCCACCGACAUGCCCGAGAGUAUCUUGACGAUGAUUGAGGGACUGCGCACGCCCGUCUCCAUUACACCUCUACCCUCUCCCUCCCUGUCACAGCACAGAGUGAACAUGACCGCUCCCCCGGCCCCAGCUCUGAAGGCUCAGACCAGUCCUCUGGCUAACAUGUUCAGCCAGGAAAACAGCACAGACCCCAGUGAGGAGAACAAUCUUGCCAGGUCUGUGUCUGUCGCCACAGGCCUCAACAAUAUAGUGAAGAGGCCACGUGUGCGCACCAUCUUCCCUCACACUGCCGGCAACAACAGCACACUGCUCAGCUUUGAUGAGGGAGACGUCAUCAUCCUCCUCAUUCCUGACGAGAGAGACGGGUGGAUGUACGGCGAACUGGAGAAGAAUGGAAAGAGGGGCUGGUUCCCUUCAUCUUACUGCCGUGCGGUCUCGGAGCCUCUCGUGAAUAACAACAGUGUGUCCCCUGCCCCGUACCGCAGCAGAAGCGUGGUCAACCUCCACCAUCAGGACACGGAGACCGACGAGGCGACCAUGGUGCUCCCCCCAGCGGACUACUGUGACACCCCUCAGCGCAGCUCCCUCAAGAACAACAUCUCGUCCACCGGCAACAUCACAAAUAACAACCACCAGCACUCCCCCACGCCCUCUGCAGCCUCCUCCUCCUCCUCGUCUGAUCACAACACGACAAUGCAGCCUAAUGGCUUCUCGAGACCUACGCCUGCUUACCUCGCGGGAGGGAACCCGUUCGCUACAGUCAGGCUACGUCCAACCGUCACCAACGACCGCUCCGCACCGGUCAUCUGAUCUGUCCACAUUUCCACGCAACCCCGAUUCCCACAACCCCUCUGUCGUCAGCCUCCCUGUGUCAUCUAUCCCAGGACAUCUUUUACUGUCCAACAGAUCCCCCUGGUCUGGAUGGAACCGGACAAAACUUGGCCAGUACUGAGGGAAAAAAAUGCCAUUUAAAUCUGGGAUCUCCUUUACUGCUGCAAACUCUCAUGGAAGUAUUUUGGGACCAUUUUAUUUUACAGAACAGAUGCUCAUAUAUUUAAUAUAUAUAUAUAUAUAUAUUUUCCAUGUCUGUUUAUGUCCCUCUGUUUGUGGUGGUGAUAUUUAAAUGACCACAGUCUUACCUGCACUUGAGAAAUGGAUGAAUAAAAAUGGUCAAAGAAAAAUACUGCAAUGUAUUUAUACCAUUGAUGUUGCUUGUCCGUCGUCCAAAUGACUGUUAGAAAUCUUUUCUGUUGCCAUAGGACAGUAAAAGAAUGUACUGUUGAGGACCUCUGCAUUUCACCUUUAGGUCCUUUAUGAAAGUGUUGCAUCUCAGUGUCGAUAUUAAAAUGACGUUGACUGUCGCUGUGAGGAGAUUCAUUCAAAAAAGGCACACAAGUGAUCUUUAUCGUUAAGUCCCUCUUGUAUAUACAUUUGUACAACUGAUGCUAUAAAUAUUGACCUUUGCCAUCUAACUUAACCUUUUGUAGAGCUAGAGGAUCAUGGAAACCGGACUUUUGCCUUAAUGACACAUACAUACCUACUGUAAAAGUAUCAUGUACCUGCUGCAUUCUUUAAAUUGUGGACAUGAGUUGUGACUUAUUGCCUCAUCUUCAGAUUGACAGUUUAAUCACUACACAUGGCAUUUUAAGACCACAGUGUGUACACUUGUUCUAGUCUUGGGCCCUCAUUACACCCUUAAUAAAAAAUUUGCUGUAUGAAAAAUAAAGAUGUAUUUCUUCAACUUGCUGUUAGUUUGUUAUCAUGCACACAAAGUGUCAGUUUUAAUGUUCUUAUUAUGCAUUCACUUGUUAUAUGAAAUGUAUAUUUCAGUGUAUUUACGGGGAGUAAUGUUCAUGCAUUUGCAAAAGAUCAAAAAAGUCAAGCAAGUAAGUAGCAUUCAUUUUUAAUUACAGUAACUUAUAUAUAAAAAGUAAGAACUUCAAUCAUAAGAGCGUGCGUAGUGUGUUUUCUAAAGCAAGAUCUUUUUUUUUUUAAUCCCUCCCACCCAGUUUAUAUCUCUUUCUCUUCUGCCAUGGACAAUUAUACAACAUCUUGCUGUGAUGGAAGACGUAGACAUGGAUAUACUGCACAUACAGGGACAUAGACAUUCUCAAUUGAUUGUCUGGUUGGGAAGAAUGGGGCAGGGUGACUUGUCACAGAGUAGAGUACUAAGAAAAAAUCCAGAGAUUAUACACAUUAUUCAGAGAUCUCUUCAGCUUUUGCUCUUGGCAUGCUUUCCUUGAAGUGAAACUCCGCACGUUAAAGGAGGAGUCUGCGCUUUGACAUAAAGAGUCCUCUUAGAGUAGGUAGAAGUACGAAGUCAAACAGUGAUUGAGGUUGUAAAGUCAAGGGCAUUUCAGAUUGUAUGUACCUGAGGUCUGCAUUGGCCCUGGAAAAAAGCACAACCCAGCAGAAUAAUCAAACAAACGGUCAGUGCAAAUAUGGCCCCAAGAAAAAAAAAUAUCAACAAAAACAGACAAAAUGGUGCAGGCUUUCUGUCUGAGGCGAGUCCAUUGUUCCAGCCGGGACAGUUCACGUCCAAGGAUCUUUACACGUCUUUUUUUUUUUUUAAUACAUGUUGUAUGCGUUAAUCCAUGUGACACAC